UACAAUCCUCAUCGGUAUAUAGACGUCAGAUUUUGUCUUGACAUCUCAUCUUGCGCGAGAAAACUGAUUGUGUACAACAUACUUAAACUUUCUGUUUUAAGAGGGCGCCGAUCGCAAUGUUGACCAUUGUUGGACUUUUUUGCGUAGCACUCGUGGCGUUUGUUGGUGGCGCCACUGUGCCCGAGCAGGCGCAUACGACCCCGGGCCCCCACAUGUGCAUUUGCACCAUGGAAUACAUGCCGGUGUGCGGAGUCGACGGUAAAACCUACCCAAACAUGUGUUCCAUGAAAUGCGAGGGUGUAGCUGAAUACCACAAAGGUAUCUGCGGCCUACCGGUGUGCGCCUGUCCCCGGAUAUACCAGCCCGUAUGCGGCCAGGACGGACAGACGUACGGAAACUCGUGUGAGCUCAGAUGCGCCGGCGUUGCGUUCUUCCAAGAGGGCCCCUGUACCGGGACCGCGCAGACUCUCAUACCCCCGGGCGUGGGCAAGCGACAGGCGGUGAUCCCCUGUAUCUGUACCUUCAUCUACCAGCCCGUGUGCGGGUCUAACGGACAGACAUUCGGCAACGAGUGCACGCUACGCUGCGACGCAAGGGAGAACCCAGAGCUAUCAAAACUCCACGAAGGUCCUUGCAGUGGCACUGAACUCGUGACUUUUAGUCCGGAUUUCUAGACAGCUAUGACUACAUGCGGAACAAAUUCAUGGGUCCAUAGACUGUUGUUAAAUGUUAUUGAUUGAACAUAAUUUUAUUACCGUUCAUCAUUAUAAGAAAUAUUCCGUUAUUAAUACUGUUUUACAUAAACAAACAAGAACUUAUUUAUCCAGUUUUAGGUUUUUACGGAAAACGGAAUGAUUAUGCUCGUUGUGUAUUAAAAUGGUGUACUUAGAUAAUCGAGCUUAUCAGUUAAGAGACAAAGCAUUUACGCUUGUUUAAUGUAGGUAAACAUAUUUACUUCAAUUGUUAAAACAGAAAUAAAAGGACGCAACUCUUGA